UUGGAUGACUGUAUUUUUGUUCUAGUAUGCUGCCAAGGAGUUCCAGCAGGCCUUAGAUAUUUUAUCAGAGGAGGCAAGUUGUAAGAAGCUGCUAGACAGGAGUGUGAAGGAGGAGGUCGGGACACCAGAGGCAAACAAAGAGUGGGACAUGUCGCCUGCCUCUAUCAGCAGCUCCAUCUGCCUCCUACGUGGCAAGAUCUAUGAUGCCAUGGACAACCGGCCAUUGGCCACUUCCAGCUACAAAGAGGCCUUGAAACUAGACGUGUACUGCUUCGAAGCCUUUGAGCUUCUCACAUCGCACCACAUGUUGACAGCCCAGGAAGAGAAAGACUUCCUACACUCGCUACCGCUGAGUCAGCAGUGCACAGAGGAAGAGGAGGAGCUGCUUCAUUUCCUAUUUGAGAAUAAAUUAAAGAAGUACAACAAGCCCAGUGACCUGGUGGUGCCUACCAUGGUCAACAAUCUGCAGGACAAUUUAGAUGUGGUAGUGUCCCUGGCCGAAAGGCAUUAUUACAACUGUGACUUCAAGAUGUGCUACAAGCUAACCUCCACGGUGAUGGUCAAAGACCCCUUCCAUGCUAACUGUUUACCAGUGCACAUUGGAACUCUAGUAGAGCUGGGAAAAGCAAACGAGUUAUUUUAUCUAUCGCACAAACUUGUGGACUUGUAUCCCAACAACCCAGUAUCCUGGUUCGCCGUUGGCUGCUACUAUCUCAUGGUUGGCCAUAAAAAUGAAAACGCCCGUCGCUACCUCAGCAAAGCCACCACUCUGGAGAGGACGUAUGGUCCGGCCUGGAUUGCCUACGGUCAUUCCUUUGCCAUGGAGAGUGAGCAUGACCAGGCCAUGGCUGCCUACUUCACAGCCGCACAGCUGAUGAAAGGGUGUCAUUUGCCAAUGCUGUACAUCGGUCUGGAGUACGGCCUGACCAACAAUUCCAAGCUGGCCGAGCGUUUCUUCAGUCAAGCGUUGAGCAUCGCCCCGGAGGACCCAUUUGUCAUUCACGAGGUGGCCGUGGUUGCUUUUCAGAAUGGAGACUGGAAGAUGUCUGAGAGGUAUUUCCUGGACGCCAUGGAGAAGAUUAAAGCCAUUGGGAACGAGGUCACUGUAGACAAGUGGGAGCCUUUAUUAAACAACCUGGGUCACGUGUGUCGCAAACUCAAGAAGUACGACCAGGCUCUGGAGUACCACCGUCAGGCGCUGGUGCUAAUCCCCCAGCACGCCUCCACCUACGCCGCUAUCGGAUAUGUCCACAGCCUCAUGGGAGACUUUGAGAGUGCUAUCGACUACUUCCAUACAGCGCUUGGACUGAAACGAGAUGACACGUUUUCCGUGACGAUGCUUGGCCACUGCAUCGACAUGUACAUUGGUGAAACAGAUGCCUACGAAGGUACCGACAUCGGCGACAAGGUGCGAGGAAGCGCCAACACGCAGACGCUGAUGAAGGCGCUCAACGCGACGGAGCUCACGGAAACGUUGGCCUCGCCGCGGCUGGAGGACGUUAGCAGCACCAUGAUGGUGGAGACGCCGUUAUCCCACCAGGACAAGAUGGUCCUUGACGUGCCCCUGCGGCUGUCCCUGACGCUGGAAUGCGACAUGUACGAAAGCGACGUCAUGUUGGACACCCUGUCUGACACCAGCAUGUGAUUUCGAAGCAACAAGGUUGUCAUGGAGACGACACAACCAAGAGUGGAAGGCAACUUAGCAUGUGCCUUUGUUUGGGGGUCUAAAAUGAGAUCUGGACUUAAAUGCUAGGCCUCGGAAAGAUGCUUGAUUGUUUGGAGCUAACACAAUCUUAACCUCAAAACUUCAAAGACUGUCGUCACUUUUUUUUAAUGCUUUUCCUCUCAGCAGUACCUGCGGAUUUUUCAUCAAGACGUCAAAGCCGCAACCGUAGACAAAAGUGCAAGGAAGUACAUUCAAUAAAUCAUGAAUUUGUCUUUAAAGA